GAGGGCGGCAUCGUGUUCAACAAGCUUCCCUCGAAGCCCGACGAGGAGGAGGACGAGCAGGACGAGUUCGUCGAACCCCCGGCCUCGGCCCUGCACAGGAGGAGAGCCCUGGUGCCGCCAAAGAUGAUGACAGAUGGCUACGAAAGUUCGAGUGAAGAUGUCUCAAGUCAAGGCGGUGCACCAAACUCCGGCGACCAGAACACUCAGAAGACGCGGCGAAGAAGCUCCAUCGUCGUCAUUCCGCCAAUGCAAAUCUGUCCCGGAGAUCUGCUCGUCUACAGCAAAGUACUCACGCAUAGGAAUAACCUACUAGAUCUCGACGGCUCAACACAGUGCCUUGCAGUUUCUGACGACUCGAGUAGGAAAGGGAAGAACACCUGGUCUUUACUUCGGCUGUUUGACAGGGCCAACAGGGCCAAGUCCGAGUGCCUUGGCGGGCUCGAGGAAGUCCUCAGCACCCUCAGGCCGUCCGAGUUCUGCGACGAACAGCUCUCCAGGUACAAGGGCAUGCAGUGGGCCGACUUCAUGUCAUCCCUGAAGAAGAAGAAGAAGCAGGGCACCGACUCGAACUCCUCUUCGUCUGGCGGUAGCAGCACCCUGGCGUCCCCCGAGAACAGCAACGGCCCCAGUCCGCUGUCAGGGCUGCAGCCGGGCAAGCUGGAGCUGAACAGUCCCAGCGAGGACGCGCUGAGGAACCAGUUCCUCAAGACCAUCAACCAGACCAUCCUGAAGAACGAGACUAAGAAGAAGGAGGCCAUGUGGGACCUCUUCCAGAGCGAGUGCAUGUUCCUCUACGAUCAUCUGAUGGUCCUCAAAAACGUGUUCAUGGAACCACUCAAGAAAAUUCAAGUGGAAGGAUUUGCCAUGUUCGCGGAACCGGAAGUACUCUUUGGAAAUCUCGACGAGCUCUGCUGCGUCACGUAUGCCUUCUGCAAGGAAUUCAUUAGCUUUAUUAUAGCGAGCAUGAACUCAGGCGACUUCAACACAACCGAUGUGCUCCUGAAACUGUUCAAGAAGAGCACAAAAGCAACAGCGUUGAGGCAAGCCUACCACAGAUACACGCUUAACUAUAUAAACGCUUUGAAUUACCUGGAAACCUUGAGGAGGCAAGUGGAAUUUAACGAAUUCGAGAAGUGGUGCUCCCGGGACCCUCGGUGCAAGAAGCUGCAGCUCACGGACCUGCUGGUGUCCCCCGUGCAGCACAUCAUGCGGGUGCCGCUCAUCCUCAAGGACAUCGAGAUGCGCACCGAGGACGUGGAGGAGCGAGACUCCAUCACCGCCAUCUUGGAGGCAGAAGAAAACUCCCUGCGUGAGCUGGAUGACAAGAUGAAGUGGCUCAAGAACUUUGAACGAUUGUUAGAAAUCCAGAGGAACAUCAUAUGGCCUUCGGUCACCGAGUUGGAUCCGAAAGCGUUUAUUCCGGAGUUUCUAAAGACGCCGCUCGCUAAACAACCCUGCGAGAGACUGAUCGUCAGUCCGAGGCGCCAGAUAAUCUAUGAAGGAGCCUUACAGCUGCUCGAUAGCGGAAAGCCAUCCGAGGUUUAUGUGGUUCUCUUUGACGAUAUGAUUCUUAUUACCAGAAGAAAAAAAGGGCUGCAUAAAAAGAAAUCGUCCAUCACAGAAAACUGGGCCAGUACCUGCAGCAAGGGCAAUUCCAUUCAUGAAGGGGGCUUCAAGUAUGUGGUCUACAAGCAGCCCCUGUCCCUGGACAGGAUAUGCAUCCACGACGUCACCGUACAAGAUGGAUCAGCCAAUAACCUGAAAAAUGCCUUUGUAUUCGUCUGCCUAAACCGGUUUCAACAAAUUGUCACGGUCCACACGUUCCAGGCACAAAACGAAAGUGGAAAGCUCACAUGGCUCACGAAGCUGAAGGACACCGUGGACAGGUGGAAACGUACCCUUCAGAAUACUGUCUUCAGAAAUCAGAGGAUUCCACCCAGUGGCGGCUUGAAGUAGAGGACGACUUUCCAUGCAACAGUCGACGAACCGUGUAUAUAUACUUAGAGGUUCGACAGAGGAGCACGCCAAAACAAAUUAUCAUGUUCUUACACCAGUAAGUUGAGGAGCGCGAGACGUGUGUUUUUUUUAAACACUGCUUUCGUGUUGAGAAGAGUGUCUUUCGGUUUCUACCCUGUUCACCCCGAUUGUCGCACCAGAAACUCUCUUUUCCCCGAAAGCACAUUAUAUGCCUUUGUCACAGAUUGUGGGUAAUGCAGUGAACACUAUGGAGAUUCCACAAGUACUAUCAGUUUACUAACAUGCAGGUACAAGCGUCCGUGAUAUACCAUACUAGCGAGUUGGCGACCUUGAGGUCAAAUUCAACACAUUCAUAGUUUGGAAAGAUUUUUAAUUUAUAAAAGUGUGGUUGAACAACGUUUAAAAAUGUGCUCACAAAAUAUCUCUAAGCAUGAAUGCUGCAUUUAAGGCGAUGUAUAUUGGAGCGAACCGCUCACAUGCAAGGGUAAUGGCAGGCUCAUAGCUGCACUUUGAACAAUCAGUAAAGUGACUCAUGAAACCUUUGCGUAACAAACUAAAAGUUGUAAUUUUGCUGAUUUUAGAUGUGGUCAACUUAGCAGUGUCCGUUGUACCUGCACUUUUAACAAAACGUGAUGAGUGCUGUUGCUUUAAUCUUACUAGGCAGAACAGUUUAAAAAAAAAUGCACAAGCUUGUACCGAUUUGCAGCCAACAAACUUUUGAUGCUACACUAUGUGCUACCGUGGUCAUUUGUACAAUGUUCCUCUAUCCUUACUUUUCUCAUGAACUUUCGUUUUUUGACAUUUUUUGUGGAAUUAUUUUGGUAGAGAUUCUAGGCACUGGCAGUUUGUGAUUCAAUAUUUUGCCCAUUUAGGGCAAAACUAUGACACCUGGCUUAGUACACAAAAUAACCUGCUGAGAAAUGUGAUAUAAUUAUCUACUAUCGAACGAGAUACUGCUGGUUAUUUCACAAGGAAAUUUGAAUACUUAGCUGCACGAGAGUAGAUAUAUAUGUACAUAGACAUACACUAGGUAGACGACUGUAAAUACAACCUUGACAUGUUGGUUAAUGUAUGUGUUAACACACAUUUGAUGAUUGAAAAUGUAGGCGAAUUACAGUACUUUGUUAUUCCUUAUUAAAUCUUGAUAAAAUCGUUAGGGUGUAAUCUGGAACCCCAGCCAAAAAUAUUGUUUCCCCCUAGGAACUGAACAUUGUGUAUCCAACAACACAAUAGGACCAUUCACAAAAUUUCACCUCAUCAUCAUCCGAAAAACAGACUGGGCUUCUUGAACCCCUCUUACAAUGCAAUACCUUAACACUUUGUGAAAAAAGCAUAUGGAUUGCCUCCAGAAAUUGAGGGUAUUAUCCUCUAGAAAUGUCCCAUGGGAACCACAGGUUGCCACAAGACCCUUCAUGCUCCAUGAAAUGAAAAAGGAAGCUCGAAAUCAAAAGUAAUGCACCUUCAGCAGAAUUCUCAACUCCCAGAGGCAAUUUUGUGGCAAAACUUUACUAUUUCAAGUUCGAAUUUAGAGGGCAGUAUUGAAAGUAUGCAGUUUGUUGAUGUACCAAAACUGCACCCCAUUCGUUUGGUAAGAAUGGCCCUUUCGUGGAGAUGCUAUUGUGAUAUUUCGUUUUUACUUGCUCAUUUCAACUGUAUUGAAACAAAUUUAAUUUAAUCUGCUUGCAGGUUUAGAUUGUGCACGUUUUUACCUGAAAACAGGCAUCAGGGCCCAGAUCUGUCACUAACACAUGCAUACAUGUAUGAACUCCAUGUACAUAGGUUCACUGUCCAUGCAUCCCAAAGAGCAAUGAUUUUAUUUAAACUUUGCAACAAGCAAAGAGAAUGUAAAUAGCGUUGUGCACCUUCAGUUUAUGUAUAUACAUAGUUAAUUGUUAUCAUUUAGAAUGUUGUGCUUCCGUAAGUGAUCCAUCUGCAAGAGACAUGAAUAGCACCAACUGUAUGUUGCCCACGAGCCAAAACUUACCCAUUUCCGAUGUCUCAGAAAGUAUGUGAAAAAACCGCUCUUACAAAGAAAAAUGUUGCUUAUAUUUCAAAAGGAAUUGCCGACGAUGUUGCGCAUAUUGAGUUCCAGUAACUCUGGUCACUUAGUGCCAUAUCUAGUUUUAUAUUUGGUUAAUUGUAAAGUACCCGAUCAGGCUCAAACAUUUUUGCAACGAUAGAGUCUAGGUAUCGUUUGCAACGAUACUUAGAAAUAAAAUGAUCCGAAACUAAAUAGUGCAACUGGCUGCAUGUUUUGUGAACCUACUUGCGGUUGCAAUGCUUCGAUGAAUACAAAGGUCCCCUAUCAAAAGUUGGUGGUUUCAAACAGACAAUUGGGUGUGGCAAUUCCACUCCUAACCCUGUCUACAGUUACUUAGCAAGCAACCUUUUAAUGUAUUAAACGUGUCGAGUAACAAUUUUUUUUCCCCCUAGAAUUACAGACUAUUGCUCAUAAGUGGCACAUUCUCCUCCGAUUCCAUCUCUCUCCAAGCCAACAAACUUCAAAGAAGUGCCUGUCAAACAAUGUCUACUAUAGACAUAGAAAGAUAUCUAGCAAACCCCACAAGACACCUUGCACCAUACAUGUUGGUUGCUUUAAUUAGGUCAUAACAUGUAGUGCCAGGCACAGCUCUGCUGUGCAUUUCAGUUCCAUUGUCACUCAUUGAGUUACUCAAGAAGUUGAUCUGUUACAUCUGAGAUGGCUGAACUUACCUAUGAAAUGUGCCAACUCAAAAUGUUUUCAUACCUCCAGACACUGUCAACAAAGGGUGUUGUAUAGUUUUAGAACAUGCAAUGUCACACGAUACCACAGCAAGUUAUUGCUGCGGGGAGAUUUUAAAAAAUAAAUCCAUGGUCAUCCAUCUUCGGCAAGCUGACCAGAAAUUGUGGGAUUAGGUGCACUGCAGGCAUGGUCGGGGCUGUGUCAUGACUAACGGCAUUGUUCCAAGGACUUGUGAAUGUCCUUGGACUUAUAUGAGCCCCACAAAUGUUGCAGGACCUACAAGGAUCUUUCAUAUGCAAGACCAUCUAACAUACAGUUCUAGGUCAGCUUCUUCCAAAAAUUGUAAACAGCACAAUAGAGAUGUCGGCACAUAUUUUAUUAUGAUGUCAUAAACCGAGUAGAAGAUAAACCUGUUCACAAAUGAUGUUGUCUUUUGUAAAUAAAAGAUUAUUCACUUUUA